GCACUGGCGCCGGGCAAUGCAAGGGGCAUUGCUGUGAAGUCCUAAGUUGCUCUCCUUAUUAAAUCAGCCUUGCCUCCUGUUGCUGAGAGACUGUGUAUGAGUGAAAACCCAGAAGAUACUUGGCAACUGAGCUACUAAGAAUGGACUCACAAGAAUCAGUGACAUUUGAGGAUGUAGCUGUAGACUUUACUCAGGAAGAGUGGACCCUGCUGGACAGGUCCCAGAGAAAACUCUUCAGAGAUGUGAUGCUGGAAAACAUCAGUCACCUUGUCUCAAUUGGGAGACAGCUCUACAAAUCUGAUAUGAUUUCCCACUUGGAACCAGGAGAGCACCUUUCAAAAGAAGGGCUAGGUUUGCUGCAGUGCCAGAGUCUGGAUAGGGAAGAUGAUCUUAAAAAACAAGAAAUGAUAUUCAUGCAACAUGUCUGCAAGGACACAGCAUUAGUCAGUGCAACGCAAAGAUCUCACACUCAAGAGGAUCCUUUUGAAUGCAAUGAUUUUGGAGAAAGUUUAACUGAAAUACUAACAUGGACUCAAUAUGUGGUACCUAAAAUGGGAAAGAAUCCCUCUAUCAGCAAAGAAUGUGGAAAAGACAGCAGUUGUUUCCCAUCGUUUAAUACACAUAAGCAGAGUCACACUACAAGUAAAUCACAUGAAUGUCAUCAGCGUGGGAACGCCUUUAUUCAAAGCUCUGCCCAUAGACAAACCAAUACUACUCAGAAUGGAGAGAAAACAUUUGAAUGUCAUGAAUGUGGGAAAGCCUUUGGAAAAAGUUCUAACCUGAGGCGACAUGAGAUGAUUCACACUGGAGUGAAACCACAUGGAUGUCAUCUGUGUGGGAAGGCCUUCACUCAUUGUUCUGACCUUAGAAAACAUGAGAGAAUUCACACUGGAGAGAAAUCAUAUGGAUGUCAUCUAUGUGGGAAAGCCUUCAGUAAGAGUUACAACCUUCGGCGACACGAGAUGAUUCACACAAGGAAAAAACCCCAUGAAUGCCAUCUAUGUGGGAAAGCCUUCACUCACUGUUCUGACCUUAACAAACAUGAAAGAACUCACUUUGGAGAGAAACCAUAUGGGUGCCAUCUAUGCGGGAAGACAUUCAGUAAAACUUCAUACCUUAGACAACAUGAGCGAACUCAUAAUGGAGAGAAACCGUAUGAGUGUCAUCUCUGUGGGAAGGCAUUCACUCACUGUUCUCACCUUAGAAAACAUGAGAGAACUCACACUGGAGAGAAACCCUACGAAUGUCAUCUAUGUGGGAAAGCUUUCACUGAAUCUUCUGUCCUUAGACGACAUGAGAGAACCCACACUGGAGAGAAACCGUAUGAAUGUCACCUCUGUUGGAAAGCCUUUACUGAUUCUUCUGUCCUUAAAAGACAUGAGAGAACUCACACUGGAGAAAAACCAUACGAAUGUCACCUAUGUGGGAAAGCUUUCAAUCACUCUUCUGUCCUUAGACGACACGAGAGAACGCACACCGGUGAGAAACCGUACAAAUGCAGUGUAUGUGGGAAAGCCUUCAAUAGAAGCUAUAACUUUAGAUUGCAUAAGAGAAUCCACACUGGAGAGAAACCAUAUAAAUGUUAUGUAUGUGGGAAAGCCUUCAGUAAAUAUUUUAACCUUAGACAACAUGAGAAAAUACAUGUAAAAAUAAUCAGUGUAGACGAUUCACCACCUAUAGCUUCAAACUAUAAACACUCUUGAGGGCUCAAACACUCAAGAAACACUAGGUUUGUAAUCAGUGUGGGAGAGCACUUUUCCAUCUUUAUUACUUCACUCAACUGAAGGUAAUCCCAAGUGGAGAGAAUCUGCAUGUGGGUCACACCUGUGUGACCAAACCUUCACGUAAUGGACUGACAUGA